CGACGCAGAUAUCCGCAACUUUAAAAGAUCCAUCGAUUGCUAUGUAAAGAUUGUUCUUCUCUCUCACAACAAUCAGGCACCAACCCUAGAUGAAUUAAUGAAAUAUACAACAGAAAUAAUGGCGGAAUAUUCUAGCUUGGAAGCGUUUGAACAAUUGCCGUUUUUUAUUUACCAAAAAGCUUUGAAAAUGAUAGACACUGUGAUUUGUGCACAUUAUAUAGAUAAACAUUUGACUUUUUUCCAAACACUUCAUGAACACAAGUAUCCAGAAUUAUGCAUGAAGUAUGUAAUAGAAGAAGAACUUCUGAACACCACCUCGCAAAGAUUUUCACUUUCCUUAAUACGAGACAUGUUAAAUAUUUACUGGAAUGGCUGCUUGUUCUCUGCUGAAUUUUCAUUGCGCUUGGCUGAGUGUAAUAUUGUCAUGGUACUAACAGACUAUCUGGUCACACACAAGAAUAUAGAGUGUUCACAAACUCAUUAUAUAACAAACGGAUUGAUCUAUAUUUUAUAUAAUAUCGCAAUCAAGAAAGACGCUCUUCAAUACUUUAACAAUAAAGACAUAGUAAAGGCGAUUUUGAACUUCAACUUUAAACAACAAAGGACAUUACUGGUUUCAAAGUUGCUACUUUUGCAAAUCGGUAAUUUACAAAGUGAGACCCGCGGAGAAAUAAAGCGGUUUUUGCUAGAUGGAAUAACUAAAGCCGCGGAAGCGGAAGACAGAAUACAUCAAACAUUUAAGCUGUAUGCCUUACUUCAAGGAUUGUCAAGAUAUACCAUUACUGAAGAGGAAUGGGAUGAGAUUAUUCCUAUCAUUCCACGUUUAAAAACUAUACUGGCGCAUGAGGACCCCCAAGAACAGGAACAAGCAACGGAGUUGUUGAAGCGGUUGAGUAUAAAUAAAGAUGCGAGUGAGAAAAUUAUUACUGACGAAACUUUUAAUGACAUUUUAAAUAGACUAAUGUUCAGUGAUAAUAAGGACCUUUCGCAAAAUGCAAACUCAGUAUUUUGGAGAACUGGAAGGGUGACGGGAAUUUUGCCAUCAAAAACAGAUAUUAUAUUUUCUGACGACUUCCCUAAACAUUUCGAAAUAAGAUCAACAAUGAUAGGCAAGGGUGCCUUUGGCAGAGUCUUUAAGGUAGUUGACAUGCAUAAUCCAGAUGAAGAAAAGUUUGUUGCAAAGAAAAUAGAACCGACUUCAACAGAAACACUGGAAAUAUGUAUAAAGGAGACAAAAUUUCUAUUAAAAGCAAAACAUGAAAGAAUUGUUCAGUUCCACGGUUUUCAAAAAACAAAGGAUGCAUUCUAUAUAUUCCUAGAAUAUUUGAAAAACGGCACUCUGGAAGCGUAUAUUUCCAGAAGAGGAAAUUUAAACGAAGAAGUGACUCGGCACUUUACUGUUCAAAUUCUGGAAGGGGUUGAUUAUUUACAUGAAAACAACAUUCUUCACAGAGAUAUUAAAGGAUGCAAUAUCCUUAUGGCAGAUGAUAUGAACAUCAAGCUAACUGACUUUGGUAUAUCAGAAUUUAUCGACGGGAAAGGACUACCCACAGAAAGAGGAACAGUUAGAUACAUGGCUCCAGAAGUUGUUUUUACAGAUGGAAACGUUUUAAAAUACUACACCAGCAGAUCUGAUAUAUGGAGUGUCGGCUGCACUGUUAUAGAAAUGUUGACGGGGAAACCACCAAACUCUUCCAUGAUGUCAGCUCAGGUUGUGUAUAGAAUUGCAACGGGAGAGCCGCUACAUUUUAAACUACCGCCAUCAUCAUCAGUUUACUUACGAGAGUUUUUAGACAAAGUUUUACACAGAGAACCUAAAGAAAGACCAACAGCUGACUGGCUGCUGAAUAACGACCCGUUUAUUAUUACAGUCUACAGAGGCGAUGAUAAUCAGGGUCCAUCAAUUAAAAAAAGACGGUUGGAAUAAAAGAUCUAUAUUUACAAUGGCAUGCAUCAUGUGAGUGUUUUACUAGUGUGUGAAGAUAAACAACUAGGAUAGUUUGCUUAUUUAAUUUCUAUCUUUUACACUAUUUCAUGUCAUCAGUAAUACGCGUAUCGGUAUGUCCGCGGCAAAGACUGGGAUCCACACGACAAGAAGUUUAUUUUGCGUUACACAUGUAGUUGUAUAUAGACUACAAUGGCUUAUGCUGUGUGAUUUUGACUUUACGGUCCUAGAUGUGUAAAUAGGUUUAUAUACAAGCAAUCAAUUGUAAAAACAUGAGUACAAUAUCUUCCAAGUUGAACGUUAUAACAUUGAUUUGAACUAGACAUUUUUUAAUAACAAAAAUAUUUUUUUAAAGAGAUGUAUACAUGUACAAAUACAUUCAUUUUUUUAAAAGUACAUUUAUACAUGCAGUCCGAAUCAUUUUAUUUUUUAUUUAGGGGGAGGGAU